AUGAGCCGGGAGCUGCUGCUGCUGCUGCUGUCCCUGGUGGGGGCAGCUGCCCAGAAACCCGGGUACACAAUAACCCAGCCCGAGUCCCUGUCGGCGCCGGCCGGGGGCUCCGUCACCCUGCCCUGCGCCUUCACCUACCCCCCCGAGAUCGAGCCGCUGCAGGACCUCCGGGUUCACUGGAGACGAGGCGGGUUCCAUGGCGAGGUUAUCUACAAUCACACCGAGGGGCUCACCCACCCGGAUUACAGGGGCCGCAUCGCCCUGGUCGGAGACCCGCGGGGGAGCCGAACGGCCUCGAUCCGCAUCGACCGGCUGCGGGAGUCGGACGCCAGCGAGUACGUCUGCCAAGUUUGGGCGCUGAGGAACGAUGGCCAAUGGGAGCAAUGGCGCGGCCUCCCUGGGACCCAACUCACGGUGACAGUGCGGGAAGCUCCCAGCCCCACAGACAGCACCCGGCACCCGGAAAUGGUCACAACUGGCACAGGGGGUGCCGAGAGAACCUACCCCCGACGCAUCGACACUGUUCACCUCGUCCUCAUCGGCCUCGUCCUGCUGCUCUCCAAGGCCGGCAUCCCCAUUGUGGUCUUUGCCCUGGGCCGGUGGCUGGGCUGCGGUCAUGGCUCAGAAAGCGUCACCGAGCAGGUGCCCAGGAGUGAGGCACCGUCAGCAUCACGAUUUGAACUCACCUCCCUGGCACAGAGCCCUUCGCCAGGCAUCCCCGGGGAAUGACACCGUCCAGCAGCAGUAGAAUGGCUGUUAUCCUCCAGCAAAACACCAGCUAGCCAGAGCAGAGAGGGAUGGAUAGUGUGCAUGGGUGGGAGGGGGGAGUGUGGGGAUAGAUAGAUAGAUAGAUAGAUAGA